UGUUGACCGUACAAUAAACACUUCUACAAAACAGUGUCAGUCAGUUACUAAUCUGUUGCUCUAAUCAUAAAACUUAGUAACAGAGUAAAAGAAAAACUUGGUGACAAUAUUAUAUGGCAAGUGGGGGUCGAAGCUACCAGCUCUAUGCUGGGGUUGUCACAAUUUUGUCUCAUUUGAUAGCCAUAACUGUGACAGUGUUAGUACUAGUUUGGCUUCUCAAGUUCCAAGGAGGCUUUGCUUUCAAAUCUGGAAACACACAGAAGAUAUUCAAUUUACAUCCUUUCCUUAUGGUGGUUGGGCUUAUAGUCAUUGGAGGAGAAGCUAUCAUGGCAUACAAGACAAUGCCGGGAACAAGAAGAGCACACAAAGGGGUGCACAUUAUACUACAUCUCCUAGCUUUGUUGGCUGGAAUUUUAGGGACAUAUGCAGUAUUUAAGUUUAAAGAUGAAACCGGUACUAAAGAUUUUGUCACCUUACACACUUGGCUAGGCAUCAUUGUCAUCACCGCAUACGGUUUACAGUUCUUGUUAGGUUUCUUCACCUUUUUCUUCCCGGGUGCCGCAAUGCCGGCAAGAGCAAACAUCCUACCAUGGCACACAUUUUUCGGGAUGGUGAUCUUUUUGCUAGCGGUAUGCACCGCUGAGACAGGGCUGCUUCAAAGAUUUAUUACCUUAGGGUUAGGAUUGAACCAAGAAGGACUCAUAGUAAACUUCACAGGGUUGUUGAUCUUCCUCUUUGCUGUGACUGUUACACUCAGUGUCAUUCUACCAAGAAAUCAUUAUUAGUGCUAAUAAUUUAAAUAGGGGUAGAAAGAAUUCAACACUUGUGUUAGUUCAGUAUGCUGAUUAUUUAUAUCUCUAAUACAAAUUUGAUUAAUUGUUAUUAAAGAACUCUCAUGGUCAUACAAAGAUGAAAUGUCUUAGACCUAUUUGCUAUUAAAGAUAAGAAUGUUGUUGAGAUUGAAGCAGUUGACCAGCCAAGCAAGAAAAAGAAUAAAUUGUUUGUUUAGAUGUCUAACUAAAUAGUCUCUCUUGCAUAAUCAUUUAACACUAGAUUGGGUGAGCCUUAAGAAAAUAAAAAUCAUUUAACACUUUAUUUAAAAAAUAUAUAGUAUUUUUGAAAAUUACUGAAAAAUAUAUAUAUGUUUAAAGGAAAAAUAUAUUUUUAGA